AUGAACCGCAUCGCCGACCCACUGAGCUUCACGUACGCCCCCACGAGCGCCUCCUCGCCAAACUCCUUCAUCAGCUCCUCAUCUCUCCCACCCGAUUCCUCACUCCUCGUCACCGAUACGCUCGAUUCGCCCGCUCACUUCCUCCUCCUGCAACUCGUCUCGAACGCUCUGCGACCCUCUGGAGCCGGCCGAGGUGCGCUGCGAGAACUGGAUGAACGGAGGAGGGUUGUCAUUCUGGGCGUGAAGGAGAGGGAGGAGUACUGGGCGAGUCUGCUGAAGAAGUCCGGCGUUCAGCUUGCGACAGAACGGUCCAAAGGCUCCUUCGUCUUCCUCGACUGUUCCUCUCCGACAGAAACCCCCUCAUCUCUUCUAAGCGUCGCCGCCUCAGCUCUUGCGCCGCCAGAUCAAGCAGCGGAUGAAUCAAGUCGGAGCAACCCACAUCUCGGUCCGCUCAUCGUCCUUGACGACGUCUGCACACUGUCGUGGAUGGGAAUGGCGAUGCGAGAGGUGUUGAGAUUCUGGGCGGCGUUGCGGCGGCUAACAAGCGAGCACUCCGCCUCGCUCGUCACCCUCUUCCACGCCGACUCGCUCUCACCCUCACCCUCUUUUCCCUCUCCCGCCGCGCCCGCUUAUGACUCGCCCGAAGACCAGUACCUCUUCCGAUCACUGCUGCAGCGGAGCGACUUGUGGGUGGAGGUGACAGGAUUGAGCAGCGCGGGGAUGGGAGGGCAAGGAGAGAUCACGAUCCACCGAGGACCCUCACUCAUCUCCCCUCAUCCUUCCGCUUCUCCCGCCGCACGCCCUUCAUUCGGCAACUGGACCGUAGACGCGCCACGCAUAGGUCCAACGGCCGUGCAGUACAAGAUGGAAGAAGCAGGGGCGGUGUAUCAGGUCAAGGGCGGCGGGACGCUCGGAAGGGCCUGGUAG